GAAGCAGCAACAGGUUCUUUUACAAAUAUUCUAUUGAGUUUUGCGUGCGCUUUUCUGAUUUUGAAUUUUGCCUUGUUCGAGUGAGUUUUGGUUUGAGUGAGUAAAAAACAAACCGAGCUUUUGUCAUAAUGAGCAUUUCCAUCGAAUAUGAUUAUUUGUUUAAAUUCCUGAUUCUGGGAAAUUCAAGUGUAGGAAAAACGAGCUUCCUCUAUCAAUACACUGAUGGUGUUUUUCGUUCGAAUUUUUCAUCAACGGUUGGUGUUGAUUUCCGAGAGAAACGAAUGCUAUACAAAACAAAUGGACGAAAUUAUCGAGUGCAUUUACAGUGCUGGGAUACAAGUGGACAAGAAAGAUUUCGCAGUCUGACUACCGCUUUCUACAGAGAUGCCGUAGGCUUUCUCCUAGUUUUCGAUUUGACAAAUGAGAAAUCAUUCUUAGAGGUUGUUUACUGGAUGGAACAGCUCAAAAUUCAUGCAUAUUGCGACUGUCCCGAUAUAGUUUUAGUUGGAAACAAAAUGGAUAUGGAACGUCAACGCAUUAUUACUGAAGUGCGUGCAAGGCAUUUUGCCCAAAAAUACAAUUUACCGUAUAUUGAAACGAGCGCUGUGACAGGGGAGAAUGUGAAACAAGCAUUCGAUAUUCUUUUGGAGUUGGUAAUGAAUCGACUGGAAAAUGCCGUUUUUCGCACAAAAUUGCCAACACAUGGAAAUUCUCGAAAACUCUCAGCGAUUACAAAUGGACCAAACAAUUCAAAUGCGAAUGCAGAUGGUAAAAAUAUAACAAUUCAACAUGCCAAGGAUAUGAAAAAAUGUGCUUGUGGAUAAUUAAUUGACAAUAAUAACAUGGUCUGACAGCUUUUUUUUCGCUGACCACCCAGUGUAACAAUAACAAACCAAUACUUCCGAUAAUAAUGUUGAAAUCCCUCCAAAUCUAUGUAUCCUCAUCUAGUUUUGUAUGACCUUUUUAAAGAAGAAACAUAAUGUAAGAGGAAACUUUUCAUGUCAAAAGUGUGUCUUGAAAUGAAAAUGGAAAAAAUGGCUUUGAUGUAUUCCCAAUCAAUGUCUAAG